AUGGGUGCCCCAAAGCAGAAGUGGCGACCUGAAGAAGAGGCUGCUCUCAAAGCCGGGGUUCUCAAACAUGGGGCAGGAAAAUGGAGGACAAUACUUAAGGACCCUGAGUUUAGUGAUGUGUUGCAUGCUCGCUCUAAUGUUGAUCUCAAGGUAUAGAUUCUCUUCUACAACCUAACUUUUAGAAAACAUCAAUCCCAAGGACAUUCUACUAGAAUGUUAUUGCUGCGAUUAGAUCUUUUUCUUAAAACUUUUCAAGUGAAGUGGAUGAGCUGACACACGAAUGUUAUCUGGUACUACGUCAUCUGAUUUAAUCUGAUUGCCCCUCUCACUUGAUGUUCUGUGGCUUUAAGGGAGGAUGCAUGCGUAAAACUUCUGUAUUCUGUUCCAAUUUGAUGCUCGUUUUGAUUCAUCAAGCUAUCUUCAUGCAAACAGGAUAAGUGGCGGAACAUGAGUGUAACAGCUAAUGGUUGGGGAUCUCGGGAGAGAGGUCGGAUAGUCUUGAAAAGGAGUCACCAUGCUCGGAAACUCGAGGAUAACUCUAUGGCCCUCACCACCAUUGAUGAUAAUGAUGGAAUAGUUGAUGUCAAGCCUCUUAGGAUCUCAAAUGAAAGAAUUACGACCACAAAGAGAACUUCCACGAGGUUGGUUUAGGAGAUUACUGAUUAUAAUAUACUUCUCUGUUAUUUACCUAUGAUUUUACUGCUAGCCAUGUUGGAUCAAGAGGAACAGAUCUAAUAAUGCGCAUUUCAGGAUAUUAUAAGAUUGCCUGAUUUGCUAGAGCUGCCUUUAGAUCAUCUGUUUGAAAUAUUUGUUUUUAUCCUGUGCACUGCAUUUAUCUUGGAAAAUCGUAUAUUGUGUUAAUGACAGUACUUAACUAUUGUAAAACUUUUAAGGCACAGUUUUUUUGUUAAGUUGGAAAUUUUCGGGUGUCUGUAAUAAUUGGAAUUAUAUUUUAGGCUAUUAAUAGUCGGAAUAAUUCCAUGUUGGAAGGUAACAUUUUAUGUUUAUGAGCCUGAACCCUCUCUUGUCAGCAAGUCUGAAUCGUGUAGCAGAAUUCUUUACCAAGAUAUUAAAGCUGAGGUUUGUUCUUCAGUGGCUUGUACCUUCUUUCUAUUGUCUCCAUGAAAAAGUCUGAUAGUGAACUCCAUGCGUAGAACAUGCUAGAAUAUGCUUAAAUUGGAAGGCGUAAACAAAAGUCAAUGAUGGAUAUAUUCUAUAUAUGGAUAUAUGAGCCUAAUCCGCAUGCAAGUUGAUUUUUAGUUGGAUGACCCAGCACUGAAACAUGAGUAUGCUUUCUUGUCUUUUUGGGAUUCGUAGUAAAAUCAUUUUGUGCUUAUUUCCUGUUGCAGGUUAGAAAAUCUUAUUAUGGAAGCUAUAACUAGUUUGAAGGAACCUACCGGGUCUAACAAGACUGCGAUUGCCUUGUACAUAGAGGUGUUUCUUCGCCUAAUCUUUAAAACUGUUUUAUUGAUUAAAUCACUGAAUAGGGGAUUAUUUUUUGAUCCCUUUGCUUUUGCUAUUUUCUAUUACCAACGAAUUGUUGAAAAAAUAUAUGACUAGGUUACACAUACAUUGUUAAAAAAAAUGUAAAGCAAUUUUUUCUCUUUUUUUUCGGGGAGCAAUGUUUUCAAAAAAAUUAUCCUCAAGUUAUUUUAAAAUAUUAAUAAUGCCAAGUAUCAUGGAUUCCCUUUUGAGACACUGCCAUCUCUGCAUAUUGGUACACAUUGUCUAGCUAUCAUUUCUCGGAAAUUUAUUUAUGUGGCGUUUUGAGCCAGAUUUAUAGGAUUUUGGGGAAAGCUCAUCUAUAUAUGCAUUUCGAUUUUAUCUCGUAUUGAAUAGAGUCCACAAACCAGACAUAGAACAAUCUUCCAACCAAUGUUAUACCUGGUGUCCAUUCUUUUAGGUUACAAAAUCUGUAUCAUCAGUUUGAACAUGCUGCUGAGAGAACUUAUCUUGGUAAACUGCUUGGUGGGCAGUCAAUUAGUCUCUAGAGUCUAAUCCAAGAUCUUGUAGCGCAUGGGGGUGAUGACAAUCUGAGUAAAGAAUUGAAUCCGUGAAGUUUCCCAGAUGGGCACUACAGAGCUUGUCUUUCUGAUCAAGAAGAGAGGCCAUGUGGGGAAAUUUCACGGAUUCAAUUCUCUACUCAGAUUGUCAUCACCCCCAUACGAUACAAGAUCUUGGACUAGACUCUAGAGACUAAUUGACUGCCCACCAAGCAGUUUACCAAGAUAAGUUCUCUCAGCAGCAUGUUCAAACUGAUGUUCAAAUCCAAGAUCUGUCUUCUCUUUGUUUCAUCAAUUUUUAUUCUUUUUGUUGUUAGGGUUGAAGCUUUGGAUGAACAUCAAAGCUGUUAGGCCCGCCCUUAAGCUCUCAGUCUUGCUCUUUGUCAGAUAAAAUUGCGUAGAUUAUUAUUCCAUCAAUCAUGAUCUUCAUUUUUUGUUAUACUUUGAUUUUUUGAAGAGUAAUUGCAUGAUUAUGCCCCAGAAAAAGAUGGAACAGAUUUUAUUUGGGCCAACUGCUCGUCGAAUCAAAUGAAAAUUGUAAAAUAUUUUUUAUGAAAGUUGGGAGAAAUUCCCUGUUCGAUUCAACAUUUUCUCUGCGUAUGAUCUUGAUCUUCUCUUUCUCUUGCUUGGAUUCGUGUAGGAUCAAUACUGGUCUCCCCCCAAUUUCAAGAGGAUUCUAUCAGCCAAGCUGAAGGCUUUGACCGCCAGUCGGAAGCUGAUUAAGGUAACUUUCUCUGAUUAAUCUGACGCUGUGUUCUUAAAAAAAACAGAGGAAGCCCAUAUUUGGAAAAAACAAAACUAAAUUUAAAUACUCUGAUGAUUAUUUUAUUUUUUAUUUUUAUUUUUUUUUAUUGCUGGUUGGUUCAAGGUGAAGAGAAAGUACAGGAUCGCCCCGAGCUCCUUCCCCGAAGAGAAGGAAGGUGGUGCAUCGGCGGCGGCGGCGCCGCUGCCGGAGUCGGGGCCGGAGUCUUCGAGGGAGAAGGUCAGGGCCAUCACCAAGGCUCAGGUGGAUGCAGAGCUGGCGAGGAUCAGGAACAUGACGGCGCAGGAGGCGGCCAUGGCGGCGGCACAGGCGGUGGCGGAGGCGGAGGCAGCGAUAGCAGAGGCAGAGGCGGCGGCGAGGGAGGCGGAGAAGGCAGAGGCGGAGGCGGAGGAAGCCCAGGCCUUUGCUGACGCGGCCAUGCUGGCCCUCAAGAACAGGAAUGCCGCCAAGCUUGUACAUUCCCUCCCUCCCUUCUCCCUCCAUGCGCAGACCCAGCAGAGCUAA